AUGGACAACCAAACCAAGACUGAGGAGAUCAUACUGCUAGGAUUUACUGAAAGUCACCAGCCUGAGAUCCUUCUAUUUGCCCUUUUCUUGGUCAUGUACCUGAUGGCCAUGGCUGGAAAUGUUCUGAUUGUUAUUAUCACCCUUGUGGAUCUCCAUCUCAGGACCCCCAUGUAUUAUUUCCUCAGGAAUUACGCAUUGGAAAUCGGAUACACUUCAGCGGUCAUCCCCAAAGCUUUGAUCAAUUUGGCGUCGGGGAAGAGAACCAUCUCUUACGGGUGUAUCAGCCAACUGUUUUUUUAUUUCUUUUUGGGCACUACAGAUUUUUUCCUGCUGACGGUUAUGUCCUUUGACCGCUACGUGGCCAUCUGUAACCCUUUAAGAUACACCACCAUCAUGAGCCAAGGUGUUUGCACUUGGAUGGUGCUGAUCUCUUGGGUAGCGGGAUUUGUCUUGAUUUUUGGCCAAACCGUAUUCGCGCAGUUCCCCAUCUGUGGCUCAAACAUCAUCGAUCACUUUUUCUGCGACAGUAAACCACUGAUGAAGCUUCUCUGUGGGGACACCCGUCUCCUGAAGCUCGUUGGCUUCAUCCUUUCCAUUUUUUCGCUUCUAGGAACUUUAGCGAUCACCACAGUAUCCUACACAAUCAUCAUUUCCACCAUCCUUCGCAUCCCAACAGCUGCAGGGAGGAAAAAGGCCUUCUCCACCUGCGCCUCCCACAUCAUCGUGGUCUCUGUCACAUAUGGGAGUUGCAUCUCUAUGUACCUCAUCCCCGAGGAAAGUGAAGGGAAAAAUUUCAACAAUGCCGUGGCCGUUCUCAACAAUGUGGUUUGUCCCCUCAUGACCCCGUUUGUCUACACUCUGAGGAACAAGCAGGUCAAAGAUGCUUUGAAAGACGCCUUGGGCUGCAAGAGGACAACUCGUAAAAUAUGA